AACCCGAUGGUCACCUGGAGAGGAGACCAGAGGACUGCCGGUCUCACCUGGACCUCUUAUUGGACCUGUAGUCGCUAACGUAGACCCUCAGCCUCCUGAUGGACCUGUAGUCUCUAACGUAGACCCUCAGUCUCCUGAUGGACCUGUAGUCUCUGACGUAGACCCUCAGCCUCCUGAUGGACCUUUAGUCUCUAACGUAGACCCUCAGUCUCCUGAUGGACCUGUAGUCUCUGAUGUAGACCCUCAGCUUCUUGAUGGACCUGUAGUCUCUGACGUAGACCCUCAGCCUCUUGAUGGACCUGUAGUCUCUAAUGUAGACCCUCAGCCUCCUGAUGGACCAAGUCUCUAACGUAGACCCUCAGCCUCCUGAUGGACCUGUAGUCUCUAACGUAGACCCUCAGCCUCCUGAUGGACUUGUAGUCUCUGACGUAGACCCUCAGCCUCUUGAUGGACCUGUAGUCUCUGACGUAGACCCUCAGCCUCUUGAUGGACCUGUAGUCUCUGACGUAGACCCUCAGCCUCCUGAUGGACCUGUAGUCUCUGAUGUAGACUCUCUGCCUCUUAUUGGACCUUUAGUCUCUGAUGUAGAUCCUCUGCCUCUUGAUGGACCUGUAGUCUCUAACGUAGACCCUCAGCCUCCUGAUGGACCUGUAGUCUCUGACUUAGACCCUCAGCCUCCUGAUGGACCUGUAGUCUCUAACGUAGACCCUCAGCCUCCUGAUGGACCUGUAGUCUCUAACGUAGACCCUCAGCCUCCUGCUGGACCAAGUCUCUAACGUAGACC